AUGGCGCCGUUUGUCAAAGAAGUCUUCGGCUUUCAAUGUAUGAAGAAGGAAGCGAUGGUUUUACAUCCUCGAUUUCGUCUGCACGCUGGGCGAUUCAUGCAAGCCGUGGGUGCGGCAGUGGAGAACAUUCACUCGACAGAUCUGGACAAGGAUGUGGCGCCCAUUUUACAGACGCUCGGUGGGCGCCAUAUUGGCUUCAAUGGCUUUGACAUAGACUACAUCGACGUGUUCAAGAGAGCCUUACUGGAAGUGUGGGAGGAGGAGUUAGGGGACGAGUUCACUCCAGAGUGUCAGAAGGCGUGGUCUAAGGUGUUUGUGUACGUCACGGAAAAGUUCAGAAUUGGUUACGUUCAAAGUUGCAAGAAGGACGAGUGA